CUCCCCCUCCCCUCCGGCCGGGCUGCCUUCUCCCGGGGCCGGGGGGCCGGAGCCGGCAGGAGAAAUAUUAGUAUCAAAGAAUGACAACAACUGCUUCACCAAGUGGAUGUAUUGUGCAAGAGGUCAUUAUUUACAGCUACCAGCUUUAUUGAACUCUUCCUUACAUUUCAUCCUUAUUUUCUUUUAGAAGUGGAAAAACAACUUAGGUUUGAUGUUUUGUGUGCCAUCAACUGAAAUUGGGGCCAUCAUGAAUAUAACCAAGGGUGGACUGGUGCUGUUUUCAGCUAAUUCCAAUUCGUCAUGCAUGGAACUGUCGAAGAGGAUUGCCGAGCGCUUAGGAGUUGAGAUGGGGAAGGUUCAGGUUUAUCAAGAGCCAAACAGAGAAACAAGAGUGCAGAUUCAGGAGUCUGUGAGAGGAAAGGAUGUAUUUAUCAUCCAAACAGUUUCAAAGGAUGUGAAUACUACGAUCAUGGAACUCCUGAUCAUGGUGUACGCUUGUAAAACCUCCUGUGCCAAAAGCAUUAUUGGAGUGAUUCCUUACUUCCCAUACAGCAAACAGUGCAAGAUGAGGAAAAGGGGCUCCAUUGUCUCUAAAUUACUGGCUUCAAUGAUGUGCAAAGCUGGACUAACUCAUCUUAUUACCAUGGAUUUACAUCAGAAGGAAAUACAGGGCUUCUUCAAUAUUCCAGUUGAUAACUUGAGAGCAUCUCCAUUUUUACUACAGUACAUCCAAGAAGAGAUACCAGACUACAGGAAUGCUGUAAUUGUGGCCAAAUCACCUGCGUCUGCAAAGAGGGCACAGUCAUUUGCUGAGCGCUUACGGUUGGGAAUUGCUGUGAUUCAUGGGGAAGCUCAAGAUGCUGAGUCUGACAUGGUGGAUGGUCGACACUCGCCACCUACAGCCAAAAAUGUAGCUGCUAUUCAUCCCAGUUUGGAGAUACCCAUGCUGAUUCCCAAGGAAAAACCACUCACAGUUGUUGGAGAUGUAGGAGGAAGAAUAGCUAUCAUUGUGGAUGACAUUAUAGAUGACGUUGACAGCUUUCUUGCUGCGGCCGAGACCCUCAAAAAGGGGGCUUACAAGAUCUUUGUAAUGGCCACACAUGGCCUGUUAUCUUCAGAUGCUCCCAGGCUGAUAGAGGAAUCUGCAAUCGAUGAAGUGGUUGUUACAAACACAAUUCCACAUGAAAUACAAAAACUCCAGUGCCCUAAAAUCAAGACUGUGGAUAUCAGCAUGAUCCUCUCAGAAGCCAUUCGCAGGAUCCAUAACGGGGAGUCCAUGUCGUACCUUUUCAGAAAUAUAGGACUGGAUGAUUAAUGCUUCUUAUUCUAAAGAAACACCCCGGGCCAAACUGGAAGCGAACAGAUAAUGAGCUGUGAAGCAUCAUGCUUACCUUAAUAUUUCUAUUGAGCCACUUUUUGUUUUCUCUUGGUUUAAGUAUCAAGGUAGAACAGUUUUUAAGAGCUUUUUUUUUCCUUUGCAGGGUUUUUUUU